AUGGUUACCUCUUGGCAGGGAAGCUCCUCUCAACAGAUGUCUCCCUUUGGCAUGCAACUCGACGGCAGCCAGAAUCACGAGGAUUGGGAAGAGUGGCUGCGGUGGGAUCCCACCGCCGAGGCCACUUCUCCCGAUGAUGGCACCUUUGGCUCAGGGUCCUCCAGGAAUAACGACUCGCCCCUCCAGGACCCGCUCUUGCAUGACUUUGGAAAGACCGACGAUGAAGCGCUUGUACCGCCUUUGAUUGUGGGCGACAAUAGCCUGGGCUUUGGUACGGCCGAUGACCUGGGCAAUGACCCCUUCCUCCUCGGAACUGCCACCGAUGUCGACCUGGGCUUCGGGAUGGACCAGUCCGCUAUCGCUACCUUCAAUGGAAUCUCAGACAUACCGAAGCUCGAUACGAACACGGCAGCAUGGUCUAUGCCUUCCGACGUCUCAGGCGAGCCCAAUAUCCCACUGUCUGCCGUCUCUAACGAUCAAAAUCAGCAGCCACAGUCUGCCAUUUCCUUCACCGCUACCACCCCUAGUCUGCACCACAGUCCGGAGUCUUCAUCGCAGAACCGCAACAGCAUAUCUUCUACUUCACCCGAUCCACCAAAGAAGCGAGGCGGAAGGAAGAGGAAAGCAGAGACACAGCUGGAGAAGCCCACUGCAGACAGCGCAGGGAAUGGAGACUCGCAGAGCGGUGGGGACGAGCCGGCGAACAAGACUUCGCACAAUGUUAUCGAGAAGCGCUACAGAAACAAUCUCAACGACAAGAUCGUCGAGCUACGGAACAGCGUACCGAGCUUGCGUGCGAUGGGUCGCGCAAACGUUGGAAAGGAGUCGGAGGAUCUCGAGGGCCUCACACCAGCGCACAAGUUGAACAAGGCCACAGUCAUGGCUAAAGCGACGGAGUAUAUCAGACACUUGGAGAAACGCAACAAGACUUUGGCAGAUGAGAUGGCUACUCUCAAAGCACAGCUUGCCAAGGUAGAGGCUGCAAUCGGCAAGUCCAGCGACAGGCAAGCUAGCAUGAGCAACAGUCCGCCGUCAACAUCUGUGCGAUCGCGAGGAGCAUCGUCGGCGUCUCAAGGCAGCGUGCCCAAUUUCCUCAACGUACCGCAGGACCAGAGUCGCUUCGGUCAGCCGGUGAUACAGCAGCAACACACACAGCAACAGGGACAGCCGAGCUACUCACGGCCUCCAAAUCCUCCGGUCGAAGCGCAAAACCAGCCUCAGUUUGUCAACGGUAGAGGUGGCGUCAUGAACAAGGUUCUUCUCGGCACCAUGGCUGGCAUCAUGGUCAUGGAAGGCUACAGCGAACAGCAGUCUUCGGGCCAAGACACAUCCGACCGCUCCCUUUUCGCGGUCCCCACCGCUUUCUUCAAGCGUGCCUUAGAUGGCGGCGUCUCGGCAGUUCCCAGAGACUUGUCACGACAGGCCAUGCUGCCAUUGCUGAAGAUUGUGCUUGUUGUGGGAGCACUCUACCAUCUUCUUGCCCCCUUUCUCGCAUUCUCGCCGCGACGCAAGCAGAAGAUGCGGACGUCAGCGCAACUGCCAAAGGCUCCCUCGCUGGCCUCGCCAGUCGAGGUACGCCGCAAGGCCUGGGGUACCGCCAUACAGACUGUUUGGGUGCCGAAGCAUUUCCUGUUGGAGGUCGUCGCGGUAGGCAUGAAGAUGCUUCAGUUGAGCCUACGGCGACUCAUCGGACCGGAAGCCUUCGCACACAUUACUGGUACCAACAAGGAGGAAGAAGCUGCUCGAAUCAAGGCUUGGGACAUCGCCAUCGACGCCCAGCUAGCUGGCGGCGAUGCAGAGGUAUCUUACUACCGCCUACUGCUGACGCUUAUGGAAAGUGGAACCCUGCCAGACUCGCCUGCGAGGUUGAUGCAGAAGGCCGUCCACUUCCGCGUGUUCUUUUGGGAGGUUGCUAACGCAGGCUACGGCAACAUGGUCGGCUUCAAACAGUUCACCGAGAAGGUUGGGAAGUUCUACUGGGACUCUGCAAGAAGGCUCCAGAAAGACCUUGUCCACGCAAAAUCAUGUUCAAGAGUCGGCAACGAUGAUGAAGUGGAGGUUCUGCCCGACCACCUUGCCAGACUUGUGGAGCUCGACUGUGACGAAGUGCUGGGCGACGAAAUGAUCCAGCGAGCCUGGAACUUGGCGUGGAACAAGCCUAGUGCUCACGGCACGAUGGCAAAUCCAGCCAAGGAUAGCGUGGUGGAAGACCAUGCCAUCCGCUCCCCAUUGGACGCUGUGGCCGCCUGGUACACUCACACCACUAUCGAUGACACGCUAGCCGACGCUUUCAGUGAUACCGCAUCAACAUUUGACACGGAAUACUAUCUCGGACUUGCUUUGAGUGUUGCGCCGCCAGCUUCUCACACGCACGUUCGUGCACUUGCAGCGAAGGCAGUGCUAUCAAACAGCAAUCGCGAGGCCAACAUCGUGGUUGCGCUGGAGGCCCUACCGGUCCUCUCGCCGACUGGUGGCAUGAAUCUGGUCAAUCACACCCCUGUUGCACCAGAUGUCUGCAUAGCUUUGACCAUUGCAAAGCUUAUCUCGCUCUGCUCGCCUUCUUCGUCGAAGACAGCUCGCGACCGUGCACUUGAGGCACUUGCCAGACUCCAACUAUCACCGGCCCACUUGACUCUGCUCACAGCGGUUGCUGCUUACCGGUUGCUUCGCCUGCUUCGCGCCCAGCGAUAUCUUCAGGCCAACACGGAGGCCGGCAUGGAGGAUCUAGCUGGCAGCCUCCGCGUCUGGGUGGGGACAUCAGCAGGCCGGGACAGUGGGUUAGAUCGCGAAGGGCGCGGCAAGAUUGUCAAGCUGUGUUUGAACGUUACGAAGCACCUGGGAGGUUGGGAUGAUCAAGACAGUGGGUAUGGGUCCGCGCCGAACAGCCAGAGCUCGAGUCCGCUGCGGGCGAAUGUAAGCCCUGUCGUUCUCACCUGA